CUAACAUCCUUUCACGACAGCCCGGAAAGGCGAGCCGCCUCCUUCCAAGGCUGGGGGCGAGAACGAGGGGUCUGCGAGGGAAGCCGAGUCAGGCAAUCAGAAGUGGGGGGAGCCAGGAGGCUUCAUCCUUGUGUCCGCAGGGCUACACGUGGAGGAACCGCCGCACAGCCAGAGAUUUGCGAGGAAGGACAGGGAAGGGGGGAGAGGAGAACUUGCGCUUCUCCAUGGCAACCCUCUUGUGACGUUUUAAACCCCUUCUCCAUUCCCGGCUGCAGAGCCGUUGAGAGUUGAGUAUUCCAAGGGAGGUUCCUGUCUGGAGAAAGUAGGGGCCGUGCGCGAGGGUUUCUGGGAAGAGUAGUCCGGGCUGGGUGUGUGCGGAAGUCUUCAAAGGGUCUUCUUGGAAUUAGAAGUGGCUUUGAAGAGAAGCUGAAGGUAACUAAGACUGUACACCAGCUGAAGUAAGUUUCCUUCCGAGAUAGUCUCAUUCAGAAUGUCUGCAGAAUUGAGUGAGGAUUCAAUAUUGAUUUCUCCUACUCUAACUGAAAAAGAAAGUAUUUUGAGAGUGAAGAUAGAAGAGGACCGCUCCUAUGAACAGGGAUCUAGCGUCCACUGGAACAGCUGCCAUGGUCCAGAGAUCUUUCGCCAACAGUUCAGGCAGUUUGGGUACCAAGAUUCACCAGGGCCCCGGGAAGCCCUAAGCCAACUCCGUCAGCUUUGCCGUCUCUGGCUUAGACCAGAGAGGCACACAAAGGAACAGAUCCUAGAGCUGCUGGUCCUGGAGCAGUUCCUGACCAUCUUGCCCAAGGAACUCCAGACCUGGGUUCGAGAACAUCAUCCAGAAAAUGGGGAAGAGGCAGUGACCAUUCUAGAAGAUUUGGAGAGAGAGCUUGAUGAACCAGGACAUCAGGUCUCAUUCAGUGGUCGAGCACAAGAAGACCUUAUAGAGGAGAUGGAACCUCAGGAAACAGCUGAGGAGUCAUCAAAUAUACAGCCCUUGCCCAUGGAAAAUGAGCUUAAGUGGGAAGCCUGGGAAUUCCACCCGCUAAGACACAGUGAUGGUGAUACUCAGACUGAGAAUGGGGAGUCCCCUCCAGAUCAAGAGAUUUCUUCAGGCAUAGAACCACAGGAUGAUAUUUCUGGCACCCUUAAUAUAGACGUGGCUCAGAUUUUCAAAUACGGAGAAAUCUGUCAGCGUGAGGGCAGAUUUGAAAGAAAGCAGGGAAAUCCCUCUCGUAAAAAACAGCAUAAAUGUGAUGAAUGUGGUAAACUCUUCAGUCAGAGCUCGGCCCUGAUUUUACACCAGAGAAUCCACAGUGGGGAGAAACCCUAUGAAUGUGAUGAGUGUGGGAAAGCCUUCAGCAGGAGUUCAAUCCUUAUUCAACAUCAGAGAAUCCACACUGGAGAAAAACCAUAUAAAUGUCAUGAAUGUGGGAAAGCUUUCAGUCAGAAUUCUGGGCUUAUUAAUCAUCAGAGAAUCCAUACUGGGGAAAAACCCUAUGAAUGUAGUGAGUGUGGGAAAGCUUAUAGUCAAAGCUCAAAUCUUUUUAGGCACCAGCGAAGACACAGUGAAGAAAAAAUCCUAUCAAUGUCAUGAAUGUGUAAAAAUAUUCUCAUAGAGCUUGGGCCUUUUUCAUCAGAAAAGAAGGUGUAAUGGGGGAAGGAGGGAAUCAGUUUAGUUUUAGUGGACUAAGUAGUUCCCUCUUAACAUCAUCCAUGUGGAAAAUGAGGGAGAUCUGUAGUCAUUAUUUCUACUUUAUCUUUAUGUUGUCACAUCUUUCUAUAGACUCUCAGAAUCUUAACCUUAUUUUUGAUAUUUAUUUCUAAAUUUCCUGUUUGUAAACUCCUCUGCCUGCCCUAUUUCAAAGCUUUCGUGUUAAGACAAGUAAAUUGUUUCUGUAUUUAGAAUAUGAGUCCCUUCAAAGACAGAUUUUAUGUCCUAUUAAAAAUGCAACACCAGAAUUCUAAAGACCAAAUCCCAAAAGCACCAUUUCUGACUUUUAAAUUAUAUCGUCUUUUGUUAAAAUCUUUUUUGCAAAUCAGGUCCUAGGAAUUUGAUACAUAGCUCAAAAGAAAGAGGUAGACCUUUUAAUGUAAAACAAAAGGAAAUUAAUCUAUAUACAUUAAGUGCCUACUGUGUGCUAGGCACUGUGCUAAGCUCUGGGCAUAGAAAAAGUCAAAAAACUACCUGCUCUCACGGAGCUCACACUCCAGUAAAGGAGACCACAAACAUGUACAAACAAGCUAUCUACAGGUAAAGGCAUAGAGGCAUUAAGAGGGAUUGAGAAAGGUUUCUUGGAGAA